UUCCGCGGUCACACUGUACGACGCGGACGAAGAAACUUAGCAAAAAAAAUAGGUAAAAAAACUGAAUAAAAUAAUAUGCUAGCGAAAAAACGCAGUUGAUAGUGGCUGAAAAGACUGAAGUUCCUCUCGAGCAAACGCGAGUGCAAUAAAGAAAACGGUGGGGCGAGUAGAAGGAACGCAAAUAGUGAAUUACAAAAAAAAAUUCAACUCGCUGCUGUGUGUAAAGUAAAUGCAAAUGAUAUGAUAUUUUCGUGCAGCAACAAAAAGAACAACAACAAACCAGCACAAACACAACAGUAGCAGUAGAAGCAGCAGCAGCCGACGCAGCCAGCCAGCAGUAGCAACAGCAACAAAAGCGAACUUGUAUUCAAUGGCUGUGUGCGCGAGAGGCGAAUAAAAGAAAAUUAGAUAAAAAAGCCAAAUGAAAUUAGCGCACGCCUGAAAUUCGAGUUUGGCGCAAGGUGAACCAAAGGCGAAAAGCAAUCAAAACAGUAUCCAUUUGCUCUCGGGUGUGCGUGCCGUUUUUCCUGCGAAAGAAAAACCACCUGCAUUGAUUUAUAGUAAAAGAAAAAAAGAGACGUAUCCGAACGGGAUGGGUCAGUGCAUUGCCAUAAAGGUUGACUGAUAAAAAAACCCCAGCCAUUCACACAUACACACACACACGCACACGCACAGAAUCACCAGCGCACCCGUAGCAACACACAGGAGGCAGCCUGCUAUUGUCGUAGCAGCAGCAGCGGAAGGAGAGGUACGCAACGCACAAAUAACUGUUCCCGGACCAACCGGAACGGACUGGCCCUCCGCACAGGAAGGGACUCCAAGGAAGAGAAUAGAGAGAUUUACACAGAACCCAUAGAGAUAUUCGUUUUGCGAAGAGAGAAAAAUUCCAAUGUCAAAUAAAAUCAACCCGAAACGCCGUGAACCGACAGCAGCCGCAGCAGCAGCAGGAGCACCAACGGCAGUGGCCACCAACACGAGCAGCUCGACCGGCUCCAGUGCCGGCAACACCUCCUCGGCGAACACAUCCUCAUCGUCCAGCUCCUCGCUGUCUUCCGCCGGUGGCGGUGAUGCGGGCAUGUCCGCCGAUCUAACAUCACUCUUCGAAUGUCCAGUUUGCUUUGACUAUGUGCUGCCCCCGAUCCUGCAAUGCUCGAGCGGGCACUUGGUGUGCGUCUCGUGCCGCUCCAAGCUCACCUGCUGCCCCACAUGCCGCGGCCCGCUUGCCAAUAUCCGUAACCUGGCCAUGGAGAAGGUCGCCUCAAAUGUGAAGUUCCCGUGCAAGCAUUCGGGCUACGGCUGCACCGCCUCACUCGUCUACACGGAGAAAACCGAGCACGAGGAGACCUGCGAGUGUCGCCCCUACCUAUGCCCCUGCCCGGGGGCCUCCUGCAAAUGGCAGGGACCGCUCGACCUAGUCAUGCAGCACCUGAUGAUGUCCCACAAGAGCAUCACCACGCUGCAGGGCGAGGAUAUUGUGUUUCUGGCCACCGACAUCAAUCUGCCCGGCGCCGUCGACUGGGUGAUGAUGCAGUCCUGCUUCGGCCACCACUUCAUGCUCGUCCUCGAGAAGCAGGAGAAGUACGACGGACACCAGCAGUUCUUCGCUAUUGUCCAGCUCAUUGGAUCGCGCAAGGAGGCCGAGAACUUUGUGUACCGCCUCGAGCUGAACGGCAAUCGUCGGCGCCUCACCUGGGAGGCAAUGCCGCGUUCCAUACACGAGGGCGUUGCCUCCGCCAUACACAAUUCGGAUUGCCUGGUGUUCGACACAUCGAUUGCGCAGCUCUUUGCCGACAAUGGCAAUCUGGGCAUCAAUGUGACCAUCUCUCUGGUCUAGGCAGAGACCCAGACCCACACACAGCGCAUCGCGCCUCGCGUUAAUCGCCCAAUUUAAUUGUUUAUUUUUGUUUAUUUUAAACAUUUGUCGUAUAAAUAUAAUACCUACCAUAUAAUAACUAUAGUUUAGCGCCUUUGUUCGCAUCAUACGUUUAAUUCGUAGAUUCAUUCAAAGAAACGAAAGAAUGUCAGAGGAAGGCCAGAGAAGAGCAGCAUUAGAAUCGUUUUAAAAACGAUUCUUCGUUCUAUAUGCACACACACACACACUACCCUCAUAAAACAUCACAGCACAGCCCUUCCUGUACCCCAACCCAUCUAUCCACAUACAUAUAUAUAAUAAUUGCAUAUAAUAACAUUUAAUUAGAUAUUUUUUGAAUGUAAGUUUCGAUUGUGGAAGGGCCAGCAGAGAACAGUGGCAGAGGAAGUGCUCUCCCGCUCGAUUGGUACUAGCUCUAGGUUUAAAUUGUUCAUAUAUUCCACACAUACACACACACACAUAUUACAUAUACUAUUUCAAUGUU